AUGAAGGCGACCGGCAGCAAGGCGCACCUGACGUGUAACCUGGCGCCCAGCCGCGGCGGCGGCGGCGGCGGCGACGACGGCCCGGCGCAGCCGCAGACGGCCACGUGCUGCACGGCGCUGCAGCGGGGCUUCGCGGCGGACGGGAAGCCGACGCAGACGCGGUUCGCCCCGGUGAGGACGCCCGGCUCGGCGGCCUUGACGCUGGACGACCAGCCGAAGCAGCCGACGACGCCGACGAAGAGGGCGGCGGCGGCGACCAAGACGAUGAUCAAGAAGAUGGUGCGCAAGUGCAAGUCGUCGGUGGCGGACGUGGACGUGGCGCGGCUCGGCGACGGGGCCUCGCCGACGCCGCGUCUCCGGCGCAGCGGCGCCAUCCGCCGGGACUGGAGCUUCGAGGACCUCCGCGGCGGCAACAACGCCGCCUAGCUUUGAUCCGAUUGGCCUGAAUCCAUGCUCAUAGUAUGUACGUACACGUGUCAGGUGAUCGAAACUCGAAGGUUGGUCAUGGUAAAGAAGGUUGCCCGUUCGGUUUGCAACAAUUUUCACUGCGUGGGGGGUAGUGUGGCUCGUGUAUAGUGCAAGGUAACUGUUCUCUGCGGUGCAAUGUACAUAUGAAUGUUAUUCAU